AUGUUGAAGGUUUCCUUUAAGAUCACGCUGACACCCGACGUGUGGCUGCUGUACGCAGCACUCAGUGUUCCUGAAAAGACACCUUUCAUAGCUGUUUUAAAGUUUGCAGCAGAAGAAUUUAAAGUCCCUGCAGCCACAACUGCAAUUAUUACCAAUGAUGGAAUAGAAAUAAAUCCUGCACAGACUGCUGGAACUGUCUUCGGAAAGCAUGGUUCAGAGCUGUGA